ACGACAUCAUCGACUUUUUGGCUCUGGCAUUGACGCGCAGAGAGAGUGAAUUGACAGUACUCCUGCACACACAACAUACCACACCAAGAUGACGAGCACAAUAACAAAACAAUACACGCGCCUGCUCGCCCUCUGGCCCCACGACGCCCUCCGUCCAAACCUGCCCUUCACCAGCACAAUCCUGCACCGCGGCCUGCCCUAUGGCGUGCAGCCCCUUCCCUCCGCAGACGACUCCACACAAACAGCCCCCUCCUCCAAACCCGCAUCCACGCCCUCGAAACCCGCUUCUUCAACACCCACAACCCCGCAGCUCGAACAGGCGCAAAUAAACGCCCUCUACUCGCUGCUCGAGAACCGCUACUCGACAAAAUACAAGCUCUCGCCCGGCGUGCUGAAGCCCUCGUCUGCGCCUGAACACUAUGAUCGCUUGAUGGAGGAGAUUGAGAAGGCGCCCCAGAAGACCUGGUGGGAGGCCAAGGUCGAUGAGUGGAAAAGGAAGAUUCGCUGGUCGUGA